CCCAGCAGAGCGCAGCGAAGCGCACCGGAGCGCGCCAUGGAGCGCAGACUGCAAGCCCUGGACAGGCUGGUGCGUGGGGAGCGCGGGGGCCCGGAGCCGGCCGGGCUCCUGGACGGGCUACUGGACCUCCUGCUGGGCCUGCACCAGGAGCUCUCCAGUGCCCCCCUGCGCCGGGAGAGGAACGUGGCGCACUUCCUCAGCUGGGCUGCCCCCUUCGUGACAAAAGUAAAAGAACUGAGGCUACAGAGGGAUGACUUUGAGAUCCUGAAAGUGAUUGGCCGGGGGGCCUUUGGGGAGGUUGCCGUGGUGAAGCAGAAGGACACCAGCCAGAUCUUUGCCAUGAAGAUGCUGCACAAGUGGGAGAUGCUGAAGAGGGCGGAGACGGCCUGCUUCCGGGAGGAGCGAGAUGUCCUGGUGAAGGGAGAUGGCCGCUGGGUGACGAAUCUCCACUGCGCCUUCCAGGAUGAUGACUAUCUGUACUUGGUCAUGGACUACUAUGCUGGUGGGGACCUGCUGACCUUGCUGAGUCGUUUUGAGGACCGGCUGCCCCCAGAGCUGGCGCAAUUCUACUUGGCUGAGAUGGUGCUGGCCAUUCACUCCCUGCACCAGCUGGGCUACGUGCACAGGGACGUCAAGCCGGACAACGUGCUUCUGGACACCAAUGGGCACAUUCGCCUGGCCGACUUUGGCUCCUGCCUGCGGCUCAAUGCCAAUGGAAUGGUGGACUCGUCGGUGGCCGUUGGCACCCCUGAUUACAUCUCCCCUGAGAUCCUACAAGCCAUGGAAGAAGGAAAGGGCCACUAUGGGCCGCAGUGUGACUGGUGGUCCUUGGGGGUCUGUAUGUAUGAGCUGCUCUUUGGAGAGACCCCCUUCUACGCCGAGUCUCUGGUGGAGACCUACGGCAAGAUCAUGAACUAUGAGGACCACCUGCAGUUUCCCCCCGAUGUCCCUGAGGUGUCAGAGAGUGCCCGGGACCUGAUCCGCAAACUCCUGUGUCGCCAGGAGGAGAGGCUGGGCCGGGGGGGCCUGGAUGACUUCCGGGGUCACCCCUUCUUUGAGGGGGUGGACUGGGAGCGGCUCCCAGCCAGCACUGCUCCCUACAUUCCUGAGCUCCAGGGGCCCAUGGACACCUCCAACUUUGACGUGGAUGAUGACACCCUUAACCACCCCGGGACCCUGCCACCUGCUUCCCAUGGGACCUUCUCUGGCCACCACCUGCCUUUUGUGGGGUUUACCUUCACUUCCAGUCCUACGCCCAGUUCAGACAAGAGCCCUGACCUGCCGGCCUCCAGCCUGGAGCGGAGGAUGCGGAGCCUAGAGCAGGAGAAAGCGGAACUGAGCCAAAAGCUGGAAGAUGCCACCCCUGGCUGCAAGGAGCUGGAGCAGCUGAGGAAGGAGGUGGAAGCCCUUCGGAAGAAGCUGGCAGAAGCCCAGGCAGAAGGUGCCCCCAGAGGGGGAAUGGCCCCCGUGAGCGGUUGGCAGCAGGAGAGAGAUCAGCUUUGCCAGGACCUGUCGGAGGCCCAGGCCCAGCUGCGGACCCAGGCCCAGGAGCUGCUCAUCUCUGAUGGGAGGCAGAAGGAGCUGCAGCAGAGGCUUCAGGAGGCUGAAGAGGCUGUAGGCGCUGCCAGGGGCCAGGCCCAGGCCUUGACCCACCAGCUGGAGGAGGCCCGGGAAACCCAGACAGAGCUCCAGGCCAAGGUGACUGCCCUGACCCAUGAGGUGGCGCGGCUCCGGAAGCAGAGGGAAAGGAGCAGGGAGAAGGAGCGGUCCAGAGCCAAGGCCAUCCAUGCUCCCCCUGAGACCAACGGCUCGGGCCUCCCGGGAGCUGGCCCGCAGGAGGCCCUGAAGAAGGAGAUGGAAGCUCUGAGAUUUCAGCUGGACCAGGCUCGGAGCCAGGGCCCUGCCAGCCUGAAAGGGAAGGAUGAACUUUCCCGGCUACAGGAAGAGAACAGGCGUCUGACCCAGGAGCAGGAGCAGCUGUCCGGAGAGCUGGAGCGAGAGAGGCAGAUCAAGAAGCAGCUGGAAGGAGAGAGGCGGGAGAGCGAGAGCAACUGGGAGGCCCAGAUUUCGGACAUCCUCACCUGGGUGAAUGAUGAGAAGGUCUCCCGAGGCUACCUGCAGGCUCUGGCCACCAAGAUGGCAGAGGAACUGGAGGCAUUACGUACUGCUGGGACCCAGACCCUCCCAGCCCGGCCCCUGGACCACCAGUGGAAGGCCCGGAGGCUCCAGAAGAUGGAGGCCUCAGCCAAGCUGGAGCUGCAGUCAGCACUGGAGGCAGAGAUCCGGGCUAAGCAGAACCUUCAGGAGCAGCUGGGCCGGAUGCAGGAAGCCCAGCGCCAAGGAGAGAGCCACCUGCAAGAGGCUGAGAAGCGAAACCAGGCACUGCAGCAGGAGCUGGCCGCCCUGAAGGAGGAGAUGAAGGCCCGGGGGCAGGGGGACUCCAAACCGUCCAAUUCCCUGAUUCCAUUCCUGCCCUUCCGGAGCUCAGAGAAAGAUGCUGCAAAGGACCCCGCCAACCCCCCAGACACCCCUGACUCCCGGCGCCCAGCAGCUGAGGCCGAGCUGCGUCCAGAGGGCCGCCGCAGUAUGCGGAUGGGGGCUGUGUUCCCCCGAGCCCCAGCCCCAGCCCCAGCUGACAGUCCUCCAGCCAAGCCUGGCUGCCACACUCUGCGCCCGCGGAGCUUCCUGUCCCCCACCAAGUGUCUGAGAUGCACCUCGCUCAUGCUCGGCCUCAGCCGUCAGGGGCUGGCCUGUGAAGCCUGCAAUUAUUUCUGCCACUCUUCCUGUGCCCCCCUGGCCCCACCCUGCCCCGUGCCCCCUGAGCUCCUGCGGACUGUCCUGGGAGUGAAUGCUGAGACUGGCAUCGGCACUGCCUAUGAGGGCUUCCUGUCGGUGCCCCGCCCCUCAGGGGUGCGCCGAGGCUGGCAGAGGGUGUUUGCCAUACUCAGCGACCUUCGCCUGCUCUUGUAUGACGCCCCUGACCCGAAGCUCCCCGCAGCAAGCAGUGCCCUCAUCCAGACCCUGGACUUGAGGGACCCCCAGUUCUCAGCUGCCCCAGUCCUGGCAUCUGAUGUCAUCCAUGCACAGUCCCGGGACCUACCACGCAUCUUCAGGGUUACGGCAUCCCAGCUGACCAUCCCCCCGACCCUGUGCUCUGUGCUGCUGCUGGCUGACAGCGAGGCAGAAAGGGCCCGUUGGCUGCAGGUCCUGGGGGAGCUGCAUCGCCUCCUGAUAGACGUGCGACCCCGACCCCUCCCCGUCUUCACCCUCAAGGAGGCCUAUGACAACGGGCUGCCCCUGCUGCCCCAUGCCCUCUGCGCGGCCAUCCUCGACCAAGAGCGACUGGCCCUGGGCACCGAAGAAGGGCUCUAUGUCAUCCAUCUGCACACCAAUGAUAUCUUCCAGGUGGGUGAGUGUAAGAAGGUCCAGCGCCUGGCGGUCAGCCAGCCUGCGGGGCUCCUGGCUGUCCUGUGUGGCCGAGGCCCCAGCGUCCGCCUUUUUGCCCUGGACGAGCUGGAGAGCAGUGAGGCGGCAGGGGCCAAGAUCGCCGAGUCGAGGGGCUGUCAGAGCCUGGCAGCGGGCCGGGUGCUUCAGGCCAGCACCCCCGUGCUCUGCGUGGCCGUCAAGCGGCAGGUCUUCUGCUACCAGCUGGGGCCCGGCCCUGGGCCCUGGCACCGGCGCAUCCGAGAACUACAGGUGCCCGGGCCGGUGCAGAGCCUGGCACUGGUGGGCGACCGGCUGUGCGUGGGGGCAGCCGGAGCCUUUGCCCUCUACCCACUGCUCAACGAGGCGGCCCCACUGGUCCUGGGGUCCGGGCUGGCCGCUGAGGGGCUGGGCCCCAGUGAGGCGCUGGGCGCAGUCGAGCUCAGCCUCAGUGAGUUCCUGCUCCUGCUCUCCACGGCAGGCAUCUAUGUGGACAGGACAGGAAAGAAGUCCAGGAGUCAGGAGCUGCUCUGGCCUGCUGCACCCAUAGGCUGGGGCUACACAGCCCCCUACCUGACAGUGUUCAGUGAGAAUGCCAUUGAUGUGUUUGAUGUUCGGAAGGCAGAGUGGGUCCAGUCUGUGCCACUCAAGAAGGUCCGUCCCCUGAACUCUGAGGGCUCCCUUUGUCUCUAUGGCUCCGAGAAAGUCCGACUGACCUACCUCAGGAAUCGGCUGGCCGAGAAGGAUGAGUUCGACAUCCCUGACCUGACUGACAACAGCCGUCGCCAGCUGUUCCGGACCAAGAGUAAGCGUCGCUUUUUCUUCCGAGUGUCCGAGGAGCAGCGCCAACAGCAGCGCAGGGAGAUGCUGAAGGACCCCUUUGUACGCUCCAAGCUCAUCUCUCCACCAACAAACUUCAGCCACCUGGCCCACAUGGGUCCUGGGGAUGGGAAGCCAGAGCUGUCCGCGGUUCCUGAGGAGAAGGGCCGAGGAAGAGGCCGGAGCCACGGUCCUGCUAGGCCCCACAGCUUUUCCGAGGCGCUCCGACGCCCAGCCUCCAUGGGCAGUGAGGUCCUUGUGCCAGAGAUGGACGCCGUGAGGAGGAAGCCCAGGACGUCCCUCUCCAGUGAGUCCGUAUCCUGUGGCCAGGGCUCCCUGAGUCCGGCUGUCUCUUUGAGCCAGAUCUCAGACCGCCCCCGGAGCCUGCCCCCAGCCCCUGAAUCAGAGAGUUCCCGCUGAGCCAUCCUGGUUGGGCAUACCAGCCUCUCCCUGUGCCAGCCCAAAGAAGGGGCCUGGGAGCAGGACAGUGACCCAGUGGAGAGCUGAUGGUGUGGAGAAUCUUGGACCCAUGACCGGGUUGGAGUGCCCCCCUGCGGGCAAGGGCGGCGGGCAGGAGGUGGUGGCCUCCCCAGGAUCCGGGCUCAGGCAGUGGGAUCCCUCAGGCCUCUGGAUCUUUUGGGGGGCUCCCUGGCCAGGGGCAGCUCAAGACGUGAUGAUCCCAAUUUCCAACCUCCCCUCAUCCGCACACCCCGCCCUAGCAUCUGCUGAACCAUCUACCUCCCUUGGCCAAGGGGAAGAGAGCCCUCUGUGGGGCUGUGCCCAGGGGCCUUGCUGAGCCCCUCUGGUGGGGAGGAUCCUGCUUGUGCCAAAGCCCCGGGCCCGGGCAUGGUGGGUGCUCUUGGGACAGAAAUGUGGGUGUGUCCAAGAGACAAGAAGUGGACAGAGGAGCCCCAGGGGAUGGGUUGUGGGGGGAAGGGGGGCAACUGGGGCCUUGGCAGCUGCGGGCCCUGGUUCUUCUGCCGGGAUGGCUCAGAGACUCAGGGAUGUGGGCUGUGGAGGCAGCGUGGGAAGACAGAACCUUUGGGAGACAACAGCCUGAGAGGAUAAGGCUGAAGUGGGACUGAGGUGAGAGAAGGAAGGGGGAAGAAGAAAGGAGGGGUGAUGGAGAGAAAGUGGGGGAGAGCCAGAGAGAAGGGGGGAGGAGGAAGCAUGAGGAAAGAGGACUGAAUUUGGACACAGGAUCUGGGAGCCCAAGGUAACCACCACCUGUCAGUGGAGCAGCACCUAUGAAGCACCUACUGUGUGCUAUGGGCAGGUCCCCUCCCCUGCCUCAGCCUGGGGGCUUUCAGGUGCUUCUAGUUCUAAAUCUUACGAUCCUGUGAUUCCGCAGAAGUGGGGGGGGGGGCGUGCAGAAAAGGAUGCAAGGAAGAGAAGGGACAAAAGAAAAGAGGGAGAAGUCAGACAGUGGAGGGGAAGGGAGGGAGGAGGAGAGGUAGAGGAAGAAUGAAGGGCGGGCAGAGGGGAGGUGAACGAGAGGAGGAGGUGGGCAGGAUGGAGGAAGAAGAGUGAUGAAGAAAAAACAGGCAGGACCUCAAAGAGGAGGCUCCCCUGGAGCAAGGCUAGACAGAGAGGAAGGAAGCCUCUUGCUAAAGGAUUUCCCACCAUCCAAUCAGCCUGCAGGUGGAGAUGACCGGGUAGGGGAGAGGGGCUCAGGGAUUAUUUAUGAGGGGCUAAACUGUGGGGGAUGGGGAGGGAUGGGGGGGAUGAGGGAUACUGGGGCUCCACUCUGGACUAUCUAACCCUUUACUUGGAGAGAGGGUGACUUCUCAAAGUUUCUGUAUUAGGGAGAUAUAUGGGGGGAUUUCAUUAUUGUUAUUAUUGUGGUUAUUAUUAUUAUUAUUAUUUUUAAAAACCCUCUGCCUCAGGGGGACAAGGCAAGUAUUUAUCUGAUGAACACUGUUUGUGGAAGGAUCAACAGUGAUAUUUGA